AUGUAUGUACUCAAGCUUCUUACUCUGUGCUUCUGUGUUCUGUAUCUCACACACACGGAGAGCAAGAAGAUCGUCAUGUUCCCUGGCCUUAUCAGAAGCUACUUUUUGUACCACGCCAACAUAGGCCAGGCUCUGAUUGACCUGGGUCACGAGGUGUGGAUUUGUGUGCCAGAAUUCCUGAGCGGCAAGAACCUGAUCAAGUACAAAGACAUCAAGAUCUUAAAGUUCGGUGAGACCUUAGGCAACAUGGAAGCACAAGUCUUUAAAAGUGCCAAAAUCUACGACAACUUCUGGGACGGCAACGAAAUCAGCAUUAACGAACUUUUAACCACGGCAGUAGAGUUUAAGAAAUUCAUCAACUUGGUUUUAACUGACCAAACAUUUAUAGACAAUGUUAAAAAUAUCGGACCAGAUUUACUUGUUAUUGAUGAGUUUUUAUACCUCAGAAAUAUUUUUGUCCUGCCGUACAAGCUGGACAUUCCUUUUGUGGUUGUUGGAUGUUUUCACGAGCUCAUUUUGCACCGGGUUCCAUUUAGUCCUGCCGUAGAGCCGAAACUUCCAGAAAAGAUAAACAACAGAAUGAGCUUCAUGCAACGUUUAUCUCUAACGAUAAGGACGAUCGCAGAGCUCAUCUAUGACCCCUUCACUGAUAAUGACAUUGUGACUAGAAUAGCACCAGAAAAACCCUACACGACAAUUAGUGAUAUUAUAUUAAAAGCUGAAAUUUUUAUUGUCGAACUUGAUCACAUCCUAGAUUAUCCCAGACCAAUGUUACCCAACACAAAGUUGAUUGGUGGAUCUUCUGUCAGUGAGCCGAAGCAUUUGAUUGGUGAGUUUAAAGAGUUUGUUGAAAAAUCAACCAAUGGGGUUGUCGUUGUGUCUUUUGGAGGAAAUGACAUUCCGUUUCCUUCACAUAUCAUAAACAAGAUGGUGUCUGCCUUCAAACAACUGGACUUGAACGUUGUCUGGCGUGCGAACGUGACCUCACCUGCACUGGAUAAGCUGAUGACGUCACUUUGGAUUCCACAGAAUGACCUACUUGGUCACCCAAAGACCAAAGUCUUUGUUUCCCAUUGUGGUAAAAAUGGACAAUACGAGGCGUUAUAUAACGCAGUGCCAAUUUUAUGUUUUCCAAUCUAUGGCGACCAGUUCUACAACUCAGAAAGAAUUCGUGUUAAAGGUUUUGGACUUGUGGGUGAUAUACGAAAAAUUUCGGAAGAAGAACUGAUCACCACCAUAAAAGAACUCGCCUUUGACAACAAAUGCAAGAGACAUAUCGAGAAAGCAUCCAUACUGUUCAAAGAGCUUUACAAAGUUCCAUCCAAAGAAGCCGCUUACUGGAUAGAUCACGUGAUGAAGUAUGGCGGAGACUAUAUGAGGUCGUCAGGACAGGAAAUGCCGUUGUAUCAAUUUCUUCUUCUUGACGUCAUCGCUUUUAUAGCCGCUGUUCUGUCUGGAGUUGUCGUUAUUUUUAUCCUCAUUGCCAGGCUUUGCUACAGACGUGUUUUCACAAAGCGGACAGUUAAAAAGAAGAAAGAAUGA